UCCUCCUCUUCCAGCAGCGAUAACAGCUUCGCCAACAACGGCAUCGACUGGUCCUCGUCCUUCCACGGCUUGUCCACCACGCCCUUCAGCCCGGACGUUGCUGCGGUGCUGAUGAGGGCCAUCCCGUUUGAGGACGUCGAGAUCAAGCCGGACGGCAUUAUCUACCUGCCCGAGAUCAAGUACAGGCGGAUUCUGAACCAGGCAUUUGGCCCUGGCGGCUGGGGCAUGGCCCCGCGGGGUGAAUUGGCGGUUGGCGAGAAGGUCGUUACGAGGGAGUAUGCGCUGCUGGUGCACGGGCGAUUCAUAGCUCAGGCCCGUGGUGAAUGCCAGUUCUUCGGCAACGACGACGGCAUCGCCACCGCCGGCGAGGGGUGCAAGAGCAACGCGCUCAUGCGCUGCUGCAAGGAUCUGGGCAUCGCCUCUGAGCUGUGGGAUCCGCGCUACAUCCGCGAUUUCAAGAAGAAGUACACCCAGGAGAUCUGGGUCGAGCAUGUGGCCACCAAGAAGAAGCGGCUGAUCUGGGUGCGCAAGGGGGACGACCCGCAGUAUCCUUAUAAG